CUUGGACAUCACAUAUUGAAUUUCAAAAGGUUUAUCCGGCCAAAUUAUCCGGAUAUCCACAGUUCCGACGACAUCGUGAGGAUGAUGAUGGAUGACUUUGAUGCGAUUGACACGGUCGAAGAGCAGUUCGUCUUAGAAGGUCACGAGGAAGGUGUGGCCGAAGGACGCCGUCUUGGCUUCCUCGAGGGCAAAGACUUGGGCGAGGUCAAAGGGUAUGAAAUUGGGUCCGAGGUCGGGUUCUACUAUGGGUGCUACAUGCUGUGGAGUGAAAUGAUUCGAACAAGACCAAACGAACUGCCAGCGAGAGCUGAAAAAUCCAUCAAGUCGUUGGGGAACCUGAUCGAAUUGUACAAAUUGGAGAACAGCCUGGAUGAGAAGAUCUUGAUGGAGUUGCAAUUGAUUCGAGCUAAAUUCAAGGUGGUCACGGCCAUCCUUGGGCAAAAGCACCUCGUGUUCAACGAAACCACCGUGUUGGAGCACAAGAACAUGUCGUUUUAGCUUAUAUCGUCGCUGCCCAUGAUUGGGUUGUCAAGUUCCAAGGCGAUUGUUUGUCGGCGGCCAAGUGAUAUGUGUGUGGUGGCAACAAGCUCAGUGGCAACAAGCUCGUCAUGUGGAAAUAUACAAGAUACGUAGUCGAUUACAGAUCCUGGGUUGCCACCAGUGCAAGUUUGUAGCCCGACGCGCCAAACCCUACCGACGAGUUAAACUAUUCAAGCAAGGUUGGUUUGUGUGUG